AUGGACCUUGAAAUCAGUUCAUCAGAAGGAGACAGAAAUCAACCAAAAUCUCUCCGUUUCAAACUCACGGUAUUCUUCCUCUGCGCCGUCACAGUCGUCGGCGCCAUGGAUGCCGUGAUAGUAGGAGCAUGCUUAGCAGCCAUUGCCGCAGACCUUAAAAGCUCCAGCGUCGAGUCAUUCUGGGUUGGAACCUCCUUCCUUCUCGCACAAACAGUUGCUAUUCCCAUCUACGGUACGACGAGCGAAAUAUUCGGACGGAAAUGGCCUCUACUCACAGCCGUCUCCAUUUUCACGUUUGCAAGCAUCCUUUGUGCAACUGCAAAGACGGUCGCUUGGUUGAUUGGCGCGAGAGCGGUGCAGGGACUUGGCGCUGGUGGAAUGAUUCAGCUUGUACAGGUUAUCUUGUCAGAUAUUAGUACGAUGAGUGAGCGGGGUUUAUAUAUGGCAUUUGCAGCCUUGGCUUGGAGUUUGGGAACAAAUAUUGGCAUUCCUAUAGGUGGUGCCAUAGGCACUUACACAACUUGGCGGUGGAUCUUCUGGAUCAACAUUCCGAUAUGUGUUAUUUCCAUAGUUGGACUCAUCGCUUGCCUCCAUUUACACCAAGAUUCUUCCUCUUUCAUGACGAAAUUAGCAAUGGUCGAUUGGCUCGGUCUGACAGUCUUCACUUGUGCAUCGACGCUAUUCCUGGUAGGACUUACUUCUGGAGGUGUCGCACAUCCUUGGGGUUCUGCCAAAGUCCUAGCACCCUUGGUUGUGGGCUUCUUGCUUUAUCUCGUGUUUAUAUACAUCGAAUGGCGUGUAGCUGUAAAACCAAUGAUGCCCUUGAGGAUUUUCAACGGCCGCUCUGCUAUCACAGGAUUUACGACUAGUUACCUCCAAGGCUUGAUAGUUUGGUGUCUCACGUACUACUUUAUUCUUUUCUUCCUCGGCGCGAUGCAGCACGGCCUACUUCAUUCUGCAGCAGAAACAAUGACUACUAUUGCCUAUUCAGCACCAGCUGGACUCGUUGCAAGUAUAAUUGUAAAGCGGACUGGGAGAUUCAAGUAUCUAAUUGUGAUUGGGUGGGCUCUCUUAGUGGCUGGAAUGGGGACCAAUGUUACGAUGCAUCCAGAUAGCAGCAAAGCCGUUCUCUAUGCUCCCCGCUGUUUAGCAUCCAUUGGAGCAGGUAUUCUAUUCCCAAUGCCUCUAUUCGCUGUACAAUCUCGGCAAAGAGGAGAAGACGUUGGCAUCGCUACUAGCAUCCAAGUCUUUGCUCGCAGUCUUGGCACCUCUUUUGGUGUCGGGCUUGGCGGGGUCAUUUUUCAAAAUGAAUGGACCAAACUCAUCUCAAAAGACGAUGCACAACAGAAGAUACCGGAAGAGAUGUUGAUACCCGGUAAUUUGGCAGAAAUUGCAUACCAAAUCAUUAGAGAGUUUCCUGAGCCAGUACAAGAAACUUACCGGUGGUUAUAUUCAGAUAGUCUGAAGACUGUGUGGUGGGUGAUGAUGGGACUUUCACUUGUUGGCUUCCUGAUCAGCUUGACAGCGAGGAAUGAUGAAGUGAGAGGUGGGCUGUCGGGAUCACAAAACUUUCAGGAUAAGAAUAAAUUGGGAGACACAGGAAAUGAGGUCCCUUCCAAAUGA